AUGCACUCAACGCCGACAAGAACUUCAUCUGGUGCCUCGAGUGCGACUUUGGACAACUUCACAAACUUGGGGCCGAACAACCGCUCGUUAUAUGCUACAACUUUUAAAGAGCAGAGACGGCAGGAUAAGAUGCAUGAAGCGCAGAAGACGGCUGCGCGGAAGAGACAGGAGAAGGAAGCUGCGCGAGUGCGUGAGAAGAGGGCCCUGGAACAGGCGCAGGCCGAGGCAGCACAAGGACAAGGGGAAGAGGAUGAUGAGCCAAUUGAGGAAGAGGUCAAAGACGACUUCAAGGAGAAAAUUGAGAUGUUGAAGAGGAGGAUGAGAGAAGUCGAGCUGUCGAUGAAAAAGGUCGAGGAGACAACCAAGCGCUGCCCGGGGUGCCAAUGGCCAAUUGAGAAGAAUGACGGAUGUGACCAUAUGACCUGUAAGCAUAAAAUGCAGAGCCGAGUUCUGCUGGAUCUGCCUGGGUGGUUGGAGUUCGCACACCCGCAGGUGCAGACGGCCCUUUUAGUGCAACUUUGCUGA